UGACCACAGGACACCGCAGCCAUGUCGCCCGCCGGGCAUGUCUGUGUGUCUGUGUGUCUGUGCUGCGUACUCGUAGACGCUUUCGGUGAAGCACCAGUUGGGGUCAGGGGAGCCAGGGGGGGUUCUUGGCCAGAAUGCUCUGGCAUUCCUUGUCGUACUUAUCCUGCACGUCAUGCCAAGUCUGCAGACACACAGACACACACACACACACACACACAGACACAGACAUUCACAGGUGUUGGUCGAUGGGAUGGCUCGUACUGACCAGGUCGCGGAGUGCCUCGGGCCUCUUCUUGGCGCGUUUGAUUUUGCCGGCGAGCAUAUCGAGGUAGAACUGGCGUGAGGGGCUGGGAUACUCCUGGUCCUCGCCGUGUUUGGCCUUCCAAAGCUCCUCGUAGUGGCCACACGCCGCGGGCUCCUGGCCCAGAAUCAGCGGGUCGUUGUGCUUGUCGGCCGUGAACACUGCAGACAGAGUUCGCACAAUCUGGUCCGUGGCUCUCUUGGAUGUGCUGCAGCGCGGUGAAAGCAUACCAGGCACGAUUUGCCAGUCCCCUGGGAGCGGUCGUUUGUUGAGGUAGGUGAAGGGCCGGAGGUCGAUGUUGUUCUUGGCGGCGUAGCGAUGCAAGUAGUCGCGCGUCUCGAACUCUCUAACAGGAGAGGGAGGCAUCAGAAGAAGAUAGCCCAUAUGUUCUUCUUUACUCGUUGGUACCUGACGCCUCCCCAGCCGAAUUUGUCGGACAUGUCUCUUCGGUCGGGCUCGCCCGGACCCUCGUUGUAGGUGUCCCGACGCAUGGCGGCUUGGCCAGCAGAGAACUGCUCACCUGCACACAUAGGCGCAAGCAGCCCGAGUGUGUGUGUGGAUGCUGGUCGGCUUGUCCGUUACAUACAUACCUGACUCAGGGGGGUAGAGUCCGGCCAUUUGUGCCAUGGCCGACAUGACAGUGCGCCAUAUGGCUGAAGAACGGAUGCAGACCUCCUCCUGCAAACAGUGCUAGAGCGGGAGGUCGGCUUGCUUCUGUGUGUGUGUGUGUGCGUGUGUGCAGAAAGACUUCAAGGAGAACGAAAAGGAUGGAUGGUGGGGAGGACGCAGCGGCCUGACCAGCAUCGGCCAACUGCAGGCACGACAUGCACCCCACGACACAUCCAGACAGAGAGGGUCUAGUCUCAGAGAUUGCAUGUGCUGCUCUGUACGUUCAGCAAUACCUCCUCGGGAGCAUCAU